GUCACUGAGUGCUAGAGACACGUUCGACUGUUUCUUGUAAUACAAGUCAGCAUGUUACAACUGGAGAAUGCAAAGGUGGAGCAAUCUGGUGGAGGUGACAAGAUCACUUUGGUGCUACUGGGAAAGAACAGCAAUAAGUCUAUGAUAGGCAAUGCCAUACUAAAGGUAAACCGUUUCAUAGCUGGAAACGACACAUGUACAAGAGCUGAAGAAAGAGUAGAUAAUCAGAUGGUCUGUAUCAUCAACACUCCAGACCUCUUCCAUAGAUCGCACUCAGAUCGAGAAACUGACAAUAUAGAGGAGAUAAAAACCCUAUAUCCAGGGCCACAUGCUUUUCUUCUGGUACUGCAGAACAAACAGCUCUCACACGAAGAGAUGGAGAUGUUCAGUCAGCUGAAAGUGAGAUUUGGAGAGAAAAUGGUGGAAAAUACAAUUGUAGUGCUAGUUGACAGUCAGGAGAAAAUGUCUGGAGAACUAUAUGAUCAAGCGGAUGAGAAUCUCAAAAAACUACUAGACGAGUGUGGACAGAGAAUUUGUGUUCAUGACAAGAAAAAAGAUAAUGAGCUGACCAUACAGGUAGUGAAAGAAUGGAAAAGAAUACAUGAAAAGCAGGUUAAAGAAUUAAGCAACUCCGCACUUGCUGAGAGAGGGACGCAUGACAAAAUGGUGACACCAAACGAACCAGCUAAGAUGCAUCCACAAAAACCUUUGACCAUCGUGCUGCUGGGACAGACAGGAUGUGGGAAGAGUGCUACAGGAAAUACUAUCCUAAAAAAGCAACAUUUUGAAUCACAUGCCAGUUCUGUGCCAGUAACAAAGGAGUGCAACAUGGCAGAAGAAACUGUUUAUGAAAUGAGGAUUAGGGUUAUAGACACCCCAGAUUUCUUUAAUGAAGACCUUAAAAACCAGGAAGAACAGAUAAAGAAGUGCAAAGAGCUCGCUCAGCCAGGGCCUGAUGUGUAUUUGCUGGUUAUGCAGCUUGGCCGUUUCACAGAGGGUGAGAGGGAGGUUCUCUCACAUCUGAAGAGAGAGUUUGGUGAGGAUGUGACUUUAAAGACUGUAAUUCUUUUCACGGGUAAAGAGAAGCUGAAGCACAAGACUUUAACUGAUUACAUCAAUGGUAGCGACAAAGAACUUCAGGAACUGAUCAAAACCUGCCAUUCAAGAUGUUAUGCAUUUAACAACAACGAGAAAGGCAAUCAUCAGGUGAAAAAACUUCUGGAGCUCAUUUCUGACAUGCAGGAAAAUAGUGCCAUAGCAAGUCAUCACAGUCAUAAAAAGAAGCAUAAGGAGAUCAAAGAAUGCAGUAUCUUGUAA